AUGAACGAGGUGGAUGCAUUGCUUAGAGAGAUUAGAAUAGAUUGGGAAACCCUCAUCACAGAGGACUUCAAUCCUCUGAGACAGGCCCUGAAGAAUAAAAACAAUUCUGUAGAGGCUUCAAAUUUCAGGAAUCUCUUCCACAAGGUUGAAAAGGCAAUGGAAGAGAUCAUAGAAGGAAACUACAAGGGAUUUAGUGACUCGGUUCUCUCGUAUAUGGAGUCCUAUUACCUCAACAAGAAGUGCUAUGAUAGCAUCCAAGAGAUAUUUAGAACGACAAAGGAGUUGUCUGAGAUGAAGAUAGAGGUGAAAGAUAUGAUUAAGGAAUAUGAAGACGUGGUGGUUUUUGAGGCCAAGGAGAAGAUUUGCCUCACACUUCUUGAGGUUAGAAGAAACUUCAGGGAGUUUUGUGAAAUCAGAGACAAGAUUGAAAACAACAUAAAGAGAAAUAUCGAAGAUCCGGAUAUGAGUCUUAGACUUCUUGAGGCUUCCAAGAAGAUCAGAGACAUAUUCGAUCUAAUAAAUGAAAACAGAUUGAUAGACCUAGAUUGCAUCAGGAAGUUUAGAAACGACGUAAACUCAGAGGCCGAAGACCUAAUGAGAUUGAUUUACAGUAGGAUCAACAAGUUUGUUUUCCAGAACGAAUGCAAGUAUCAGGAGGAUUUUAGAUGCAUUGUAGUUUUGAAUGCCUUGCAAGGCCUUGAGAAGUAUCAAGCGGACAAUCUUGAGAAAGAGUACUUCAAGGUGGUAGAAUCGGCAAUUGAAGAGGUAGAGAAAAGUAAGGUAGAGAAUAAAGCAGAAGUGCUAGCAAAGGUUAUUAUGGGAAGAACCAAGGUGAUUAUUCGUAAUUUCAAGACGUUGUUUGAGAUGGCAGAUACUUCUUUUGAGGGUCUUCAUGAAAAGUUGAAGAACUUUUUUGGGGAGGAGGAACCUGUGCUGAGGAUCUACAGCCCAAGAUGCCAGGAAACUGUUGAGUUGGCUAUAAACAAGGUGAUUCGAAGGUUUGUUCUGGAGUACAUAGAGGAUCCCGAAAAGCGUUGCUAUGAAGAGAUGUUUCGGGCGGAAAACUUUGUUGAUGAUAUCGAUUACGGCUCUGUGUUUGAAAGCAAAUAUCUUAUCCAUGAAAAAAUGACUAGGGCCACAAAGCUCCAGACAGUAUUUUCCGAGAAUUUUAGGAGGAUCCUCUCUUCAAGUGUAGAGAUAGCAAUCUACAUGGAAAAGUAUGCCGUUAGUUCUGAGAUGAAGAAGUAUCUAAGAAAUGUUCUGAACGAGAAGUAUGUGAAGGAGAAGGAGAACUGGGCGGAAAGGCAAAUAAUUUGUAUAUUUAACAACGAUGAGUGGCAUGGAAACGACUACAUCAAUUAUCGGUUGUCUUUUUACACAAAAUACCAAGAGAUCAUUGCAGACAUUUCUUCUCAUCCAGAUCUUUGCAAUAUUUCCACAAUCUCAGGCUUUUUGGACGACUUUCUUGAGAAAAGAUUUGAUGAGUAUUUUAGCAACAUUUUCAGGUCCGAUUUGAUCAGAGAAUGUCUCUCGAACGGAAACACCAAGGAAGAGGCUGUGGAAGCCUUCAAAAACUCCUUGCUUACAAGGGACAUAGACAGGAAUUUCCUAUUUUUUCAAAAACGAUGCUACGAAAAUAUGUUUUUUGGUUUAGAAACAUUGAAAGACAUCAACAAAUCCAUCAAGGGAAGGAAGUUGGAGGCCUUACUCUCCUCGGCACUUACAAGAUCGAAGUUCCAGGUUGUUUUGGAAAUACUGUAUUUUUUCGAUCUGUUCUAUCGUGAAGGUAAUUACGCCAACAAAAACGAUUACUAUUUGCAUAGAAUAUUAGGAGUGGUUGAAAACCUAUAUGGACCGGCCUCCUGCUUAGGUGUUCAAUCUGAGUACUUCAGCUUUGUAUUUGAAUGCCUGAACUUUUACAUACAAAAGAAUGUUAUAAGAUUGAAUGUAAGAUCUGUAGAAGAGUUAAAGUCUUUUCUUGAGAAAUUGAGACUAUUGGAUGAAAUCUUGGGGUUUAUCGGUGGAGAGGAUAGCCUGAAUGGAACGGUUGCCUUCAUCGAAGGAGUUAUAUCUGGUAACUGUAAAAGCGAAAGUGGAAGAAAGUUAAGAACCAAGAUUGUAAAGAAAUGA